UUUGUGACGAGGCUUUCUUUGUGUUGAAAGGAUAUAACAGCCUCUCACUUCCACUUGAAACCAUAGCCCCAUCCUCCAUUACCCUUUCUCUCCAUCUCUCAAUCCACAGCAGUGAAGAAAAGAGUAGUAGAGAGAGAGAGAGAGAGAGCAAUGGAGAUGGCUGUUGGUUCUCACCCCACUUCCAAAUUCACUUCAAAAACUCUGCUCUUAUCAUCAAGAAGCGUUGAGCCCACUAAAAGUAACUCAAUUUAUACUUCUUCUUGGCUGAAAAGACAGUUCCUUGGCAGUUCUUUAUCUAUUAGGACAAAAGCAAAGACUGCAAUAAUCCCUCUUCGGAGUUCUGUCAAAUGCUCUGUUUCUCAAGCCACAGAUGCCGCCACUGAGAAAAAGACCCAGUUGAUAAGGCGAAAUGAUAUACGAAAUAUAGCAAUUGUUGCACAUGUAGAUCAUGGGAAGACCACUCUGGUGGAUGCUAUGUUGAGGCAAUCUAAGGUUUUUCGUGAUAACCAAUUUGUACAAGAGAGGAUAAUGGAUUCGAAUGACUUAGAGCGUGAAAGGGGAAUAACAAUACUUAGCAAAAACACAUCCAUUACGUAUAAUGAUACAAAAAUUAAUAUCAUUGAUACUCCAGGUCAUUCUGACUUUGGAGGCGAGGUGGAACGCAUACUCAACAUGGUGGAAGGAGUUCUUUUAGUGGUAGAUUCUGUUGAGGGUCCAAUGCCGCAGACAAGAUUUGUUUUGAAGAAGGCUCUUGAAUUUGGCCAUGCAGUUGUGGUUGUUGUCAAUAAAAUUGAUAGGCCUUCGGCUCGCCCAGAUUAUGUCAUUAAUUCGACUUUUGAAUUGUUUAUUGAACUUAAUGCAUCAGAUGAACAGUGUGAUUUCCAAGUUAUCUAUGCGAGUGGCCUCAAAGGAAAGGCAGGACUUUCACCCGAAAAUUUGGGUGAAGAUCUUGGACCACUUUUUGAGGCCAUUGUCAGAUGCAUUCCUGGACCGCAAAUUGCCAAAGAUGGUGCUCUUCAAAUGCUUGCUACAAAUAUUGAAUAUGAUGAACAUAAAGGGCGCAUUGCUAUUGGACGUUUGCAUGCUGGGAUAUUGCGCAAAGGACUAGAUGUGCGGAUUUGUACCUCAGAAGAUGAAUGCAGAUUUGGAAAAGUAAGUGAGCUUUUCGUAUAUGAAAAGUUCAGUAGAGUUCCUGCAGAAACAGUAGAGGCUGGUGACAUUUGUGCUGUUUGUGGUAUUGAUGAUGUUCAGAUUGGAGAGACAAUCGCUGACAGAACUUCGGGGAAACCAUUGCCCACCAUAAAGGUGGAAGAACCAACAGUGAGAAUGGCUUUCUCAAUCAACACUUCACCUUUUGUGGGCCGUGAGGGGAAGUAUGUCACAAGUAGAAAUCUGAGAGAUCGACUCUACCGUGAGCUUGAGCGCAAUUUGGCAAUGAAAGUUGAAGAUGGUGAAACGUCAGAUACAUUUAUUGUCAGCGGACGUGGUACUCUGCAUAUCACUAUACUAAUAGAAAACAUGCGUAGAGAAGGAUAUGAGUUCAUGGUGGGGCCGCCCAAAGUUAUCAACAAAAAAGUGGACGACAAGUUGCUGGAACCUUAUGAGAUUGCAAUUGUGGAGGUACCAGAAGAAUACAUGGGGCCUGUAGUGGAACUUCUUGGUAGAAGGCGUGGACAGAUGGUCGAUAUGCAAGGAACUGGGUCCGAAGGAACAACUCUGAUGAAAUACAAGAUACCUACACGAGGCCUUCUUGGACUGCGAAACUCUAUUCUUACUGUAUCUCGUGGCACAGCGGUCCUCAAUACAAUAUUUGAUGAGUAUGGACAUUGGGCCGGCGACAUAAGCACCCGCGAUCAAGGUUCACUGGUUGCUUUUGAGGAUGGAACAAGUACAUCUUAUGCUCUCUCGAGUGCACAAGAACGAGGCCAGAUGUUUAUUGGACCUGGAGUUGACGUGUACAAAGGUCAAAUAGUGGGCAUUCAUCAACGUCCAGGUGACUUAUCCUUGAACGUAUGCAAGAAAAAGGCUGCAACAAAUGUCCGUUCAAAUAAGGAACAAACAGUGGUUCUGGAUACCCCUCUCGAUUACAGUCUGGAUGACUGCAUCGAGUACAUUCAAGAAGAUGAACUCGUCGAAGUUACCCCCUCAAGCAUCCGCAUGUGCAAGAACCCUAAGCUUAUAAAGAAAUCUCGUUGAAGAUACACUCCAGACGAGCAACAACAGCAUCUCGUCCAUCUGUGCUGCAUCUUGCUCUCCCUGAGAACCAACUUUUUCCAGCGGACAGACAACUUUUGAUGCUCCGGUAGUUGAAGUUCUUAUACUAUCAAACCAAUUGGUAUACAAAGAUAAAAAAUUCUUUGAACCUUAAUCUAUGUGGUGAAUAUACAGUCAAGAACCAAGAACUCACUGUUACAUAGGAACCUGUAUUAUCUAGGAUAGGCAGAUAGAAAUUUGGCCGAAUAGCAUCUUUUUGUUUAAGAUCACCUAAAAGGGCUACUGAUUAUGAAUUCAUUACUACGAUCUACUCUUUGUCUACGGUCAUUUAUUCAGAAAAGUUGUCGAUGAUCA